AACAGCUCACAACUUCGCAGCAGUCGGCGUACGUCUGCCCGACAAAGUACAGCCCGACUGAUUUUAUCUCAGGUGUCUGCUGAACACAGGGCUUUCCCCGGGCAGGAUAAGCAGAGUAACAACCCAGUCGGCGCUUCUUCAAAGCCUUCACUGUGACUGACGAACGUAUUGCCAGCUAUGGGUCUUGAUCGGGAUACGUUCCGCAGAAGGCUUCCCCAGUACUACGCUGCAUUUGCUGCGGCGCUGGGCCCGUGGACGUUCGGCUCGGCGCUGGGCUGGUCUUCGCCGGCGUCGGAGCACCUGAGCGGCGAGCUGGGCCUGGCUGUGGAGGAGGUGUCGUGGGUGGCGGGGGUGACGCCGCUGGCGGCCGUGCCGGCCAUGCUGGCGACGGCGCUGACGGUGGGCCGCUGGGGGAGGCGGCCCGUCAUGCUGGCGCUGGGCCCGCCCUGCGCCGUCGGCUGGGCGCUCGUCGCCUUCGGCCGCGGCCUGCCCAUGCUGCUCGCCGGCCGCGUCCUCACCGGCUUCUGCGGCGGCGCCUUCUGCGGGGCCGUGCCCAUCUACACGGGCGAGAUCGCCGAGAAGCAGAUCCGAGGCGCGCUCGGGGUCUUCUUCCAGCUCCUCCUCACCUGUGGUAUACUGUACGUGUACGUGGUGGGGAAGGCGGUGUCCCUGCAGACGCUGGGCCUGGCGUGCGGCGCGGUGCCCGUCGCCUUCACGGUGCUCUUCUUCUUCGCGCCCGAGACGCCGCUCUACCUGCUGGGCCGCGGCCGCCGCGAGGACGCCAUUGCGGCGCUGCGCUGGCUGCGGGGGCCGGCCGCUGACAUCUCUGGGGACCUCGCUGAGAUGGACGAGGUGAUAACGUCGGCCAAGCAGCGGAAAGGCGGCGUGCUGUCCUUGGUGAGGUCCCGCGCUGCGGUGAAGGGCCUCGCCACAGGGGUGGGGCUCAUGAUCUGCGAGCAGCUGUCCGGCGUCAACGUCCUCAUCUUCUUCUCCGUCAGCAUCUUCGCCAGCGCCGGCAUCGCCCUCGACGCCAACACUUGCUCCAUCAUACUGGGCUGCGUUCAGGUGCUGUCGACGCUGGCGUCGGCACUGGUGGUGGACCGCGCGGGCCGCCGCCCGCUGCUGCUGGUGUCCCACGUGGGCAUGGCGGCCAGCAUGGCGGGCGUCGGCGCCUUCUUCCACGCGCGCGACGCGGGCUCGGCGGCGGGGCUGGGCUGGCUGCCAGUCACCUCCACGUGCGCCUUCCUCUUCUUCUUCUCCAUCGGCUCCGGGCCGCUGCCCUGGGCCAUCCUCGGCGAGGUCUUCCCCGACGAGGUGAAGCCCGCCGCCACGGCCAUCGUGGGCGCCACCAACCUCAUCCUCGUCUUCGUCGUAGCCAAGUCGUACGCCAGCCUCGUGGAGGCUUUCGGCGUCGCCGUCACCUUCUGGAUAUACGGCGUCAUCUGCUUCGCCGGCGCCGUCUGGAUCUUCUUCUUCGUCAUCGAGACCAAGGGCAAGACUCUGGAGCAGAUCCAGCGCGAGCUGUCCGGCCGCCACGAUCAGGACGCGCAAAGCGACUCGACCGCAGACGAAUUCCGCCUCAAGUAACGCUUCAGUCCUCGUCUGAGCUGCAAUGGCCAGAUGUAGGACGCGCUUGUACCUAGAGUGAGCCGAAUGACUCGAACCGUCGAGUUCAGUGACAGUCUCACUUCUGAAAUCGGACACCUCAAUAUACCUUCCUACAAACAACACGCAAAUAAAGUAGAUGGUGGACGCUACUGUUACUCGAUCCAUUAGGAGAUUUACUGCCUUUUUUGUAUUCUCACAGAUCCAAAUAAAUCGUAAAAAAAUAGUAAAACAAUAAUUCACCUAAGAAGAAUAAGCCUGUCUUUGCUUGAGUAGUCUGUGUAUCGAAAUAUGAUUUUUAAUGUUGCAGAUUUUACUAAAAACUUUAUUCGACCGAGAUUGCAACGUAAAAAAAAUCAGUCUCUACUAGUUUCACCCAUUUAAACUGUCAUCUUCAGAUCUGGGAAAGAAGUAGGGCUACACACCAGGAUACAAACAUUCGGUGUCUAAGUCAAGAGAAUAGGUAAGACACAUUAGCAUUAUAGUGUUAACAUCUUUAAGGAAAUGUCAGCUGGAAAAAAAAAAAAAAAAAAAAAAAAUUACUUGGAUAUGAUCGAGAGCCAAUGACAUAAAGUUAUGUGCAGCAGAAUCACAAUGAGAAAAUACCUUACAGUCGUAUUUACAAUAAAUAUAUGUGAAGCAUAUUGUACAAACGCCAAAAGGUGGCAGUACAGUGUAAUGAAUUCGAAUAUAAUGCAAUGCAAUAAUUAAAAUGGGUUGAAAUAAUAAAAUAAUAAUUUAAAAACAUUAGAAGUAACUAUCAGUUUUAACUACAAAUGCAUUAAAUUUUGUAUAAUAAAACUGAAACAGCACAGAUAGAAGACGCCUACAUGUGGCGUAAUGUUAUGGAAAACUAAUAAUAUCACAGAGAGAGAAUUAACAUUAACAAUAUUUUAUCCUUUACACUCAUCAUUCCAAAAAUAUUAUUACAUAUCGAAAUGCUUAAUGAAAACCGCUGUACCUCACUGUACAGUGCGAAAGCUAGGAGAAAUAGCCUUCAAGUACUAUAGCUCCUAUAUAACUGUAAGGUAGAACUAUUCAACAAAUGUUGUUUUAUGGGCUAGAAAUGUAGUACAAUACAUAUAACAUUGAACAAUACACUGAAGUAGAAACUAAAACAACAUGAAUAAUCAGCGGUUAGUGGGAGUGAUAAAUGCCUAAACAUAUACUGAUGUUCAAGAUACAUAUUGGUUGUCCUUUUAUUUUACGUGGAACUUGUCUACGUUCUUAUACUUAGAGGCAAAUAACAAUCUAAGGAGGAAAACAAAUAAUGCAAACUACCCUCAAGUGCGGUCGUCUUAGAUAGCCAAUGCACGCCAAUUACAAAGACAUGCACAUAUGUUAACAUUAGCUUCAUAAAGGCUAGCAUAACUCUCGCCAAGUAAUAUUUACAGUUUGAAAAACUGCAGAGUAACUGCAGGUGUAAAUAGUUGCUUUGUAAAAUCAAGACCCUUGACCUAACGUUGAACUGAAAAAUAAUAAUGUAGUGUAAUGGAAUAUGGACAACAUUUGUACAGCUUGUACUAUGUAUCCUUAGCGUUAGUAUACAUUGGACUAUGUAUGGGUUCAAUUACACGACAACUAUUCAUAUUAUUUUAAUUUUUACUACGAUAUGUAGUUGAAUAUUAUAUGUAUUGUAUUACAUUCUAUAUCCGUUACAACUAAAUUUGUUGAAUAGCCUUUUAGUUAUAAGUCCGCUAUCAUGAACAGAGACUGUUUGUCAUGGAAGUUUUAUUGUAUAAUGAGUUCGAAUGGAUUUCUUUUUUAGAAUCUGGAUAUGUAACAGUUACUACUUUUGCAGUGGGGAAUGUAAAGAAUUAAAUAUUAUUGAUGUUAA